UUUGAGCACUGAGUGUUUAGCGAUGCUUUGUGAGUUAGUAACUGGGAAGUAAUUGCCAAUAAAAGGUGUGUCGUGUGAAAGAUGGGCGCUGGAAUGAGAAAGACAGACUAUGAGAGCCAACAGAAGCGUCAAAACCUCUUGUGUCUAGAUCUAUCCCAUUAAAAAGGAAAUGUCGACUGGUGUCUUUUCCACUACCCAUUUUAGAUUACACAAGACAUACACCCUGUUUAAGAACAUAGUCACAAUAUUGUGUUUGGGGAGAGCGUAUCGCCCACUACUAACAGAGGAUGUGCAACGCCGGCUCAGUGUGUCCCAAUGAUCUCAUGUCCUUCGGCAGCAGCGGAUAUGACCCAACAUAAGACUCGAAUAUGUGGCUUCACCAAGAAGAUUCCUAAAGUUUGCUGCCUCAGCCCAUCGAAUGUAGACGAAGCAGACAGUGAAAAUAAGGACCCUGUGAUAUCUGCACCUACAACAGAAUUAGUGUGUGGAAAAGCUGGGUCACGCCCACAUCAGCAAAUCCGACAGAAAAGGGUCAUAGGCGGCCGGCGAGUACUACCUUCUUCAUUCUGGCCUUGGCUGGCAUUAGUCGGCGAAAGAGAUUCCGGAGGAGAAACAAGGUGGUUAUGCGGCGCCAGCCUCAUUAAUGAGAAUUGGCUCAUAACAGCCCUGCAUUGCUUUCUUCAUACUAAACCUAACGUGGUUCGCUUGGGGGAACACGACCACAGCACUAUGGAUGAAGGAGCUCGUCCAGAGGACUUCAGCGUUGUGGAGGUGGUUUAUCAUCCAGAUUAUAUGUUUCCGAUGCAAUAUGAUGACGUAGCUCUUGUAAGGAUAAACAGGACAGCAAAACAUCAGGACGGUUUCAGUCCGGUGUGCUUACCGUGGGGGAAGGAGGUCACGACGAAUGUCAUCGGGCGAGAUUUACUUCUCAUAGGAUGGGGCACCACCAGUUUUGGCGGUUACAAAAGCCCAGUUCCCAAUGAAGUGAACAUGACAGUGUUUGAACCGACAGUUUGCAACAAUAGUUACUCCGAACUCCGCACAUUCCGCCUUGAAUACCCGAGGGGUAUCGAUAACACUUUCCUCUGCAUGGGGGCACCAGAGGGAGGCAUAUCAGCUUGUCAGGGUGAUUCUGGAGGACCCCUCAUGUACAAAAAUGACGAAGCAAGGUAUGUUUUAGCCGGUGUGGUAUCCAACGGCUAUGGAUGUGGAGCCAAGGAUUUUCCAGGGGUUCAUUCUAGUCUAAUGAGGAAAUCUCUGCUUUCCUGGGUUAAGGAUAUCGCUUUUUCAUGAAUACAAGGAAAGCUAGGCCAGGGCAGUGAGAGACAGUAAUCACUCGUCAAAGUGUAUCAUAGUCAUCACUACAGUUUAGAUAUUAUAAUUAGGCAAACUAAGCAUAAAUAACUUUUUUAGGAAAAAAUUAAAACAGACAAGUCAUGAUUGAAUAAAAAGAUGUGUAUCAUUACUCGUGGAAGGUAUUUUUAGCCAUCUUGAAAUGAUUCUUUCAUUAUGUACUUUAGGUCCUUCAGAAUUCCGGCUGAUCAAGAUCCAUGCUUAAUAACUGUACACUUUCCUGUAAACAAUAACAUUUAUUCGCAUCCUUGCACAAAUACACACGGAAAUUGUAUAUAUAAUGAAGAUAAAAGGACCCUAAAACACUGACUGAACGUUGCAACCAUAUAUUUCGAGCACUUCCUUCCGUGCCACUGUCCACUGGUAAAAUAUGGACAUAUGAUGUAUUACAAUAGUAUAUAUAUAAAACAUAUGUAGGUGUGGCAGUAUAUAUAGUAUUAUAGCACAUCAUCUGUCCGUAUUUUACCAGUGAACAGGGGCACAGAAGGAAGUUCUCGAAACAUACGGUGGGAAAGUUCAAAUGGUGUUUUAUGGGACUUUUAUCUUCAUAUCAUACUUUUGCAUAAUAGUAAAAGACAUGCAUAUAUAUAUAUAUAUAUAUAUGCACUGUACAAUUCCUCUUGGGUGUAUAUAAGUUACUCCUAGGAUAAAGUAAGUUAAUAUUAAGGAACAUUUUUAGCUUCAAAUUUGUAUAUGUACUGUACAGAAAGAAGUAAUGAACAGAGAAAAAAAGACUGAGUCAGGAUAUUUGCCAAAAAGCGACGUCCUAACAAUAUGUAUUAAAUGGUAGCACAAUAAAUAUGUUUAUCCAACCAGACAAUUUUCUAAUGGUUCUUUUCUUUGCUUUCUUCCGAGGAGGAGGCAGACUUAUGCAGUAUCUCGUAUUUAUUAUCGAAAUGUUGUAUACAGAGAAUGGAAUGUAGAAUUCAAGGCCAAAGGCAAAGUGCUGGGACCUGUGAGGCCAUUCAGUGCUGAAAGGGAAACUGGGAGUAGAAAGGUUUGAAAGGUGUAACAGAAGGAAAACCUCCAAGCAGUUGCACUUUGAAACAAUGUUAAGAGAGGUUGGAUAACAGGAUGGAAGACAGAGAAUAUGAAUGGAGGUUCAUUAAAAGGAAUAAAAGGGGUUGCAGCUAAGGACCGGAGGAACGCUGCAAUAAACAGUGCACCGUGUGAGGUGCACUGACGGCACUAGUCUCCUGCCGGGGAA